GAGGAAGUUGGGUUGGUGAAGUGGCCUUCUUACGCUGAUCUGCGGUCGGUGUUUGACAAACCUCCCUAUUCAUAAGCAAACAGUGGGUGCGGACUAACCGAUUCUGAACCAGUACUUAAAGUAAGUAUCGUUCAGGAAGUCAAAGUCGCUACUGCAACGAUCAAAAAUUGUAGACAUCGUUAAAUACUAGACGUAAAUUUGCUAGCAAGCCCGUAGCAAUGGACAAGCUUCGUCGUGUGUUAUCCGGUCAAGAGGAAAAUGAAGAGUUGGGUCUCACUGCACAGGUCCUUGAUGCCACCACUCUGAGCUACAGCACCAGGGUGAAAUGGUUCGUCAUAUGCUUUGCCGCAGGCAUCCUGUGUUCAAUACUUGGUUCAGCACUGUUGUUCCUUCCACAUGGAAUCAAACUUUUCGCUGUCUUCUACACACUGGGGAACGUCGCAGCUCUCUCCAGCACCUGCUUCCUAAUGGGACCACUAAAACAGCUGAAGCGCAUGUUUGAACCAACAAGACUGAUAGCCACCAUUGUUAUGCUGCUCUGCCUUGUCUUAACACUUUGUGCAGUGUUUUGGUGGCAUAAAAAGGGACUGGCUAUUAUCUUCUGUAUUCUGCAGUUUUUGGCAAUGACAUGGUACAGCAUCUCUUACAUUCCAUUUGCCAGGGAUGCUGUGAUGAAAUGCUUCACAACCUGUCUGAGUUAGGACUCUGGAGUCCACAAUUUCAUGUGAGGAGUGGUCCCAGUAUGCAAACUUCAAGAACUGUUGCUCUGUAAAAUACAAAUCUAUGUUGUUUAUACAUUAUAUCUCCAAAUUUUUACCAUGGCUGUUUCAUACUGUGAAUUUUUGCUUUUAAGGUCUGUAACAAUCAUCAGUUAUAACACUUUUCAGUCUUUUGCUUUUGAAGUGAGAACAAUUAGUGCCUUAAAUGCUUAAUAUAUUUAAAGAUAUUUUCCAAGGAUUUUAUACCAUUUAAAUGCAGGGAAAUGAUUUUGACUUUGCUAAACAUUGUAACACACGUGCCUUAACAUUGCGUAUACACACACACACACACAUAUAUAUAUAUACAUUUAUUACAGUGAAAUUCUAUUUUCUUCUGGAUUUUAAAACGGUGGUCUGACUACUUAUACAUACACAUUAUUAAAACACAUUGUCUUUUU